UCACUGAUAACCAGUGGAGAAAAUGGGUUCCAUUCAGAAAAAUCAAUUGGUUCUUUUUUUCCUUGUCUGGGGUUCAUGGGCAUUUCUAUGUUAUGGUCUCCCAAGUGAGUACUCCAUAUUAGCCCUUCAACUUGACAAGUUUCCUUCGGAGGAACGAGUGGUUGAGCUUUUCCAACAAUGGAGGGAGGAACACCGUAAGUUUUACAGCCACCCAGAAGAAGCAACGAUAAGGUUGGAGAAUUUCAAGAGGAAUUUGAAAUACAUCGUAGAGAAGAAUGCAAGAAGAAAUUCUCCCCACGGGCACCGUCUUGGAUUGAACCGUUUUGCUGAUAUGAGCAAUGAGGAGUUCAAGAAUAUGUUUAUUUCAAAGGUGAAGAAGCCAAUUAGCAAGAGGAAUAGUCUCGCCAAUAUUGGCUUGCAUGUUAAGGAUGAUUCCUGUGAAGAUGCACCUUACUCUUUAGAUUGGAGGAAGAAGGGAGUUGUGACUGGUGUGAAGGACCAAGGCGACUGUGGUAGUUGUUGGGCAUUCUCUUCCACUGGAGCCAUGGAAGGAAUAAAUGCAAUAGUCACAGGGGACCUUAUAAGCCUUUCGGAACAAGAACUUGUGGAUUGUGAUAGUACUAAUGAUGGAUGUGAUGGAGGCUACAUGGAUUAUGCUUUUGAAUGGGUUAUAAACAAUGGUGGAAUCGACACAGAAACUAAUUACCCAUAUACUGGAGUAGAUGGUACCUGCAAUGUCACCAAGGAGGAAAACAAAGUUGUUAGCAUUGAUGGUUAUGCAGAUGUGGCACAAUCAGAUAGUUCUCUGCUGUGUGCUACUGCGAAGCAGCCAAUCAGUGCCGGUAUAGAUGGUUCUGCAUUGGAUUUUCAACUAUACACUGGUGGCAUCUAUGAUGGAGAAUGCUCAAGUGAUCCAGAUGAUAUUGAUCAUGCAAUUCUGAUUGUGGGUUAUGGCUCAGAGGAUAAUGAAGAUUACUGGAUUGUAAAGAAUUCAUGGGGAACAACAUGGGGAAUGGAAGGAUACAUUUAUAUAAGAAGGAAUACUGAUAUAAAAUAUGGAGUGUGUGCAAUCAAUUACAUGGCUUCAUAUCCAACCAAAGAGCAUACUGCACCAUCACCAAGAAGUCCUCCUUCACCACCAUCAACACCACCUCCACCGCCACCGCCACCGCCACCAUCACCUCCUUCUCCUUCACCAAGUGAAUGUGGAGACUUCUCUUAUUGUCCAGCUGAUGAGACAUGUUGUUGCCUUUAUGAGUUCUUUGAUUUCUGCUUGACUUAUGGUUGCUGUGAAUAUGAGAAUGCUGUGUGUUGCACUGGAACAGACUACUGCUGCCCUAGUGAUUACCCCAUUUGUGAUAUUGAAGAUGGACUUUGUCUCCAGAACUCGGGAGAUUUAAUGGGAGUAGCUGCAAAGAAGAGAAAGAUGGGAAGGCACAAGUUACCCUGGACCAAAUUUGAACAAACAGAAAAGACUUAUCAUCUCCUUCAGAUGAGGAGGAAUCCAUUUGCUGCAAUGCGUUGAAUCUGAAGGCUAUUGUCAGUAUCACUCCUUUAUAAUAUUCUCUUUUGUUUUCUCUUAUCUAGCAGCAUCCCUUCUGCUGCUUGGAUUUUCCCUAUAUUAUGUACCAUGGAUCAUCAUAUCUAUCUAUGAUGUAAUUCUUCCUGCUUCUUUUGCUUAUAAAUUUAUCCUCU